AUGGCGUCGACGCGCCCCCUCCGAGUCGGCUUCGUGCCCGAGCACUUUUCAACUCCGAUUCACUUCGCCAAGAAGCACUACGGCCUGGAUGCCGAGUUGAUUCCUUUCCCUUCGGGGACCGGCCACAUGAUUACCGCCCUACGCAGCUCAGAAAUCGAUGUCGGCAUCGGCCUCACAGAAGGGUGGAUCGCUGGCCUGGGCAAAUCUCAAGAGGCCGGGGACAAAGACGGCGGCUAUCGCCUGGUUGGCACUUAUGUCGAGACUCCGCUGUGCUGGGCCAUCUCGACGGGCGCCAAGCGGCCCGAGAUCAAGACGGUCGACUCCCUCCUGAGCUCCAAGAUUGGCGUCUCCCGCAUCGGCUCCGGCAGCUACGUAAUGGGCUACGUGCUGGCCGACGAGCGCGGCUGGAUACUGCCAACCGCGGGGGUCGGCGGCAGCAAUCAGCAGGCGUCCCCUUUCUCCGAGACAGUGGUCCUCAACACCUUUGAGAACCUCCGCAGGGCCGUCAACUCGGGCGAGGCCGACUUCUUCAUGUGGGAGUACUUUACGUCGAAGCGCUACUACGACAACGGCGAGAUCCGCAAGGUCGGCGAGAUCUACACACCCUGGAGCAGCUGGAAGAUUGUCGCGUCGACCGGAUUAGUGCAGCAGGGCGACGGCGACGGCGACAAGAAGCUGGAUCUUCGGGUCGACGACCUGCUGGACAAGCUCAACCAGGGCAUCAAGCAUUUCAACGAGAACCAGGAGGAGGCGGUGCAGUACAUCAGCACCAAGCUGGACUACUCUGAGGAGGACGCGCGCGAGUGGCUGAAGACGGUCCGGUUCCCCCAGAGGACGCAGGGCGUCGACUUCAAGGUCGUCGUCAGCACUGUCGAGACCUUGUGCAAGGCCAGCGUUCUCAAAGUGGGCAAAGGGGUGGAUGCAUACGCCAUGAUUGCACGGAAGCGGUGA